AUGGAUAUGAUGGAGCAAGUUAUCGAUCCUGCAAAGGUCUACAUGAAAGACGCGAUGAGAUUCGUUCGAAGAUCGACCAAGCCCGACAAGAAAGAAUUCCAAAAGAUCGCCUUUGCCACCGCAAUUGGCUUCCUGAUUAUGGGCUUCAUCGGCUACUUCGUCAAGCUGAUUCACAUUCCGAUCAACAACAUCAUCGUCGGAUAA